AGCCCCUGUUCCGAGCUGCCAAGUGCCAACCCAACAACCCACUUGCCUCGGCUUCACCUGUGCUCGUCACCACCGGCGCGGAGGAGGGAGGGAGGGAGGAGGAAACAGCGCGGAGGAUCAGGAGCCCACUUGCACUAUUGAAAAACGGGCGAUCGCUGCAGCGGUCUCCUGUUCGGCUUUGGGUAGUAUCUGUUCGCUGCGGCGGAGCGCGGAGGGGAAGGAAGGAAGGAGGCGAGCGCGUCCUCGCGGUUUGCUCCCUCGCUGGCCUGCCCUCGAGCCCUUCUUCUCUCGUGCCCAGCGAUUGCUGAGACUGCUGCUGGAGCCUGAUCGAGGCGCUGGUGGGUUCGUCGGGGAGUCCAGGAUUGCCGGCCGUAGCUCCAACUCCAAGGCCGGCCGGUUUCUUGGAGCUUGCGGCGUCACCUUGUCCGGUUGUCCCUUCUCGUGCAGCUCCGUCCGUCCAAGGAUUCCUUCCUGGGGUUCUGCUUCUGCUAGUCCUAAUUUCUCUAGGUGGCGUUGCUGUCCUUUCUACCACCUGCUGUGGAGCUUAAGCAACAUGUUUAACCCUGCUUACUUUUCUCAAGUCAACAAAAGCAAGUAUUCGCUCCGGGCCAUAUUUUCUCCCGGGGCUGUUGGUAUGAACAGCGGACCGGUGUUAGGUCAGAAAGGCCGUUGAGAAUCGCCCUAAAAAAAAAGGCCGUUGAGAAUCUGGGGGCAACUGGCAUGCUUUCACACCUUAUUGUGGAUAAACACCUCCAUUUUGGGCUCGCCGGUCAUUGCAUAUUGCUCCCCAUAGGCCCUGACCAUUUGUUUCUUUCCAUGGUUAGGAUGGUCUGAGAUUGUUAGCGGUUAUGCUCUUGCAGGGAUGACAACUUGACAAGUGGCUGCUGAUAGAUCUCUUGUUCAGAAAUGGGUAACCUUGGAGGCAUCCUGCACGCAGUGAUCCUCCUCCUUCUGUGCGCUGGCUGUGUGGAUGUUGCAAGGGGACAGACAACUGACCCUACUGAAGUGAACGCUCUCAAGGCAAUUAGAAACAGUUUGAUUGAUCCUUCUAAUAAACUUAAGAAUUGGGGCCGUGGGGAUCCAUGCACAUCCCUUUGGACGGGAAUCUUCUGUGACAAGAUACCAAGUGAUUCAUAUCUUCAUAUAGUAGAAAUACAGUUGUUUAAGAUGAAUCUUUCCGGAACUUUGGCACCAGAGGUCGGCCUUCUAUCCCAGCUUAAAACAUUGGACUUCAUGUGGAACAAUUUAACUGGUAACAUCCCCAAAGAAGUUGGAAACAUCACAAUGCUGAAGCUCAUAACUUUGAAUGGUAAUCAGCUAUCUGGUUCUUUACCUGAUGAGAUCGGCUAUCUGGUGAACUUAAACAGAUUACAAAUAGAUGAGAACAAAAUAUCAGGCCCCAUACCGAAAUCAUUUGCUAAUUUAACAAGCAUAAAGCAUUUUCACAUGAACAAUAACUCACUAAGUGGGCAAAUCCCAUCUGAGCUGUCUAAAUUGCCUUCACUCCUUCAUCUUCUUGUUGACAACAAUAAUUUAUCUGGGCCUCUUCCCCCAAAAUUAGCGGAAGCACAAAGUUUGGAGAUACUUCAGGCUGAUAACAACAACUUCAGUGGAAGCUCUAUCCCUGCUGAAUACAGCAACAUACGAACACUUCUAAAGCUGAGUCUUAGGAACUGCAGUUUGCAAGGAGCUGUUCCCGACAUGAGUGGCAUACCCAAAUUUGGCUACUUGGAUGUUAGCUGGAACCAAUUGAAAGGAUCUAUACCAACUAAUAGGCUUGCUUCAACUAUCACUACAAUUGAUUUGUCACAUAACUUUCUUGAUGGAACCAUUCCACCAAACUUCUCAGGGCUACCUAACCUUCAGUUAUUGUCAGUCAAUGGGAACCUCUUAAAUGGUUCUGUUCCACCGACAAUUUGGAGCAACAUUACUUUUACGGGAAAUAGAACACUUAUUCUGGACUUCCAAAAUAACUCCCUUGACACUAUUCCAGCUGCAUUUGAGCCUCCAGAAGCUGUCACUUUGCUACUUUAUGGAAACCCUGUAUGCACGACAUCUAAUGCAGCCAGGGCAGCUAAUCUUUGCCAGCCUAAAUCUGUAAUUGGAGAACCAUCUGGAGAGGGAAGACAAGUUAAUACAUUGUGUCCUCCUUGCCCGACGGAUAAAAAUUAUGAAUACAAUCCAGCAUCCCCUAUACCUUGCUUAUGUGCUGUGCCUCUGGGAGUUGGAUUUCGACUAAAGAGUCCAGGCAUAUUUGACUUCCUUCCCUAUAAAGAAACUUUUGAGAUAAACUUAACCUCUCUGCUGGAAUUGCGUGUUUAUCAGCUGUACAUUGAACGAUUCAUGCGGGAGACAGGCCCAAGGCUUAAUACGCAUUUAAAGUUAUUCCCAAAUAAUACACCUUUAUUCAAUACGGCUGAGGUGGUGCGGCUCAGGCAGGUACUAGCUGGAUGGCAGAUCACCCUGUCAGAUGUUUUUGGUCCAUAUGAGCUUCUCAAUUUCACGCUUGGUUCCUAUGCAGAUGAAUUUCCUACUGUGGUGUCAUCAGGUUUAAAAAGGAGUGCACUAGCUGGCAUUUUGGUAGGGACAAUUGUCGCUGCCGUUGCAGUAUCUGUGGUUUCUACAGUUUUUAUAAUGAAAAAGCGCAGAAAGCAUCGAACAGUUUCAAGGCGGUCACUACUUUCAAGGUUUUCUAUCAAGGUUGAUGGCGUGAAAUGCUUCACAUUUGAAGAAAUGGCUGGAGCAACAAGCGAUUUCAAUAUUUCAGCUCAAGUUGGUCAAGGAGGUUAUGGAAAAGUUUAUAAAGGAACUUUAGUUGAUGGAACAGCUGUGGCAAUCAAGCGUGCACAUGAAGAUUCUCUGCAAGGCUCAAAGGAGUUCUGCACAGAAAUAGAGUUGCUGUCAAGAUUGCAUCAUCGUAAUUUGGUCUCUCUUGUUGGCUAUUGUGAUGAAGAAGACGAGCAGAUGCUGGUGUAUGAGUUCAUGCCCAAUGGUACCCUACGUGAUCAUCUUUCUGCUAAGACUGAAAGACCUCUGACCUUUGGUCGGAGGGUGCACAUCGCGCUUGGUGCUGCAAAAGGAAUUCUGUACCUACACACUGAGGCAAAUCCUCCUAUAUAUCACCGUGAUGUUAAGGCCAGCAACAUUCUUCUGGACUCCAAGUUUGUAGCGAAGGUGGCUGACUUUGGUCUUUCAAGGCUUGCUCCAGUGCCCGAUGUCGAAGGGACUCUGCCAGCUCAUAUCUCUACUGUUGUAAAGGGCACCCCGGGCUACCUCGAUCCAGAAUAUUUCCUAACUCAUAAACUGACAGAAAGAAGUGAUGUGUAUAGCCUUGGCGUUGUACUUCUUGAACUAUUGACUGGAAUGAGGCCAAUCCAGCAUGGUAAAAACAUUGUUAGAGAGGUAAACAUGGCUUACCAAUCAGGCGACAUCUCGAGGAUCAUCGACAGCCGGAUGCCCUCGUACCCUCCGGAGUGCGUCACGAGGUUCCUCUCCCUGGCGAUCAAGUGCUGCCGGGACGAGACCGAGGCGAGGCCCUACAUGGCCGACAUCGUCCGAGAGCUGGAGACCAUCCGGGGCAUGCUGCCCGAGGGAGAGGACGCGCUGUCCGAGACCACGGGGUCGGGCUUGCUGACCAAGACCAUGUCGUCGUCUUCGACACCCACGGGGGCCCUCUACGUGUCCUCGCAUAUGUCCGGCAGCGGCCAGGUCGACAGCGGCAUCCCCUCCGGCACGGUGGCUCCCCGGUAGGGGGUGGCGGUGCCGGCGCCGGCCGCGUUGGAGAUGGUUUUGUAGACACCUGAUGAGUGACAAUGAUUUGUAUAGCUUUGUAGGUAGCCAGCGUCCACAUUUCUGUGAUUUUAAGGGGGUGUUUGGUUCCACCCUGCUAAACUUUAGCUUUAGCUGCUAAACUGCUAAACACCCUUGCUAAAACUUGUUAAAGUUGAGUUGCUAAAGUUUACCACUUUAACAAGUUUUUGUU